CUUCAGUCACCUCCCAACAUUCUCCUGGACUCUGUGCGUGUUGCUAAAAGGAAAAUAAAUAAAUAAAUAAAAAUUUGAAAAAUUAAUAACAGUAUAUAAAUGAAUUCUCCCAGGACGACGUCCUAAAAUCGUCGGUCUUGCAUUGGCUUGACCAGUGGCCAACAGUAGUUGGGAGAAAAAAAAAUCGAAUUUUUGAUCGGUUCUUUUGAUCGGCUUCGAAUGUCCCGGAAACGGACAGUGAGGUGAACAAUGUGCCAAUAGUGCAGUGCUCAACAUAAAGGAAGAGAAUAGGAUAGAAAAGGAAUGUAAAGGGAGAAUUGAGAGGGGGAAAAUAAAAGAAAUAAGGGAAGUGCAACGAGUGCGAUUGGGAUUUGUCCCUGACAAUAUGGGAAUGGAGUUUUUAGGCCGAUGUACCCGUCGUCCCCAGGAAUUACUUGACUAGCAAAGGUCACUGGUGAGGAUGGAAGGAGAAAUAAUAUCUCAAAAUAGCAAUUAAUGAAUUUGAAAAAUGAGCACAGCCAUUGAUAACAGUGUGGAGGCCGCCAAGUCACGAGGUAUAUUCUCUAGGGCAUUUGCUAAACGAGCCCAGCCCUAUGAAGAAGCACUCAAGAGCCUGAAUCGACUUAGCAAAGAGGGUGAAGACUUUGCUAAUGAGGAUGGAGCUUCAACGCACCCCACCUUGGCCUUAAUGAGGCGCAUCCUCGCAGAUGCUCAGGCAAAACUUCGCGUGAUGGUGGAGGAGAACGCAGCGACGGGUGCCCGUCUGGAUAGUGAACUGGAGCGUGCGAGGGGUGAGUGUGCUUCUCUUCGUGGUGAAUUACGUGAGGUACGGGGUGCUCUGGUAACAAACAACAAUCACGCGACCAAUGGCAACGUGUCGAAUUCUAAUAACAACGAGAGUAGUACGAGUAGUGAAACUACAAGCGCAACUAGUGGUGCGUCCAACAAUUUGUCGGCCCCAAUGAGUAGCCAAGAGGUGAGGAGUGAGUCACCAUCACUCAAUCCUCAAGAGGAGACCAAGAGGGUGAGCACUUCCAGCAGCCCCGUUGACAAGAGGAGCUCGGCCAGCGAAAAAUCAGUGAGCCCAAUUGAUAAGGGAAAUAGCCCCAGUGAUAAGAAGGAUCGAACUAGUCCUAUUGAUCGCAGUAGAACAAGUCCGUCUAUUGAAAAACGAAAUGGCUCACCGAACCGAAGUCCCAGUGAAAAAAGAAGACCAUGGACUGCAGUAGACAAAACUCGAGUAGGCUCUGGGGGUAGUGUUGAUUCGAGAUCGGGAAGCGCCAGUCCAGAUCGUAAUCGCAGUGGAUUAUUUCAACGCAGUGGUAGUGAACGAUCGAGCGGUGAGAGACUGCGUAUAACGACAAAUCGUGAGUCAAUACGCAACAAGGAGACCAAUGAACUCGAGCAUAAGGACGGCAAGGACAUAAUCGAUGGAGAUGGAAGAGUCGACGAGGACAAUGAGCCACCAGCGCCGGCACCCGGAAGCCGACCCACAUCUCCAAGCAAUCCCCUCGGACUUUCCGAUUCAGUGGUAACUGGCAGAUUAUCGGGUCUCCAUGGAGGGCCACCGGUGGAAUUGGCGAGCGCUCGUCGAUUGCGUCUUGAGAAUGAACGUCUGGUGGCGGAAGUUGCGAGACUCCGUCGAUUGCUGUUAAGUGGCGCAGCAAGGGGCGAGGUUGGUGGUGAGGAUGCAGCCAUUGAGGAGGAAGCUCGCUUCGUUGCCCUGGAAAUGGAGCUGCAGCACUCGCGGGAAGUCAUACAGGCCCUCAAGACCGAUCGCAAACGCCUCAAAGCCGAGAAAUUCGAUCUACUCAAUCAAAUGAAAGCCCUCUAUAGUACAUUGGAAGAUAAAGAACGAGAAUUGAGGGAUUUUAUACGGAAUUAUGAACAGCGGAUGAGGGAAAGUGAGGCAAAUCUCGGUCGUCUUCAGCAACAAGGCAGUGGAUUGCCCACGGAGGAGCGAGAACGGGAGCGGGAGAGGGAACGUUGGAGUUUACUGAGAGCUGCCCGUGAUGAAGCUGACAGGAGUCUCAGCUUAGCAGCAAGUUUGGCGGAUAAAGAGGCAGCUUUAUCUCAUGCACAUGCUACCAUUAAAGAGCUGCAACGACAAUUAGGUGAUAGGGGCGGAACCAGUGGUGUAUGUCUCAGUGAUCAAGAGUCCCUCAUAUCAUUUCCACGCGGUAGUGUAAAUGGUACAGCGACACCCGGUGCCUGUAGUACCAGUGGCAUUGGAGGAUGUGGACCGAUGCUGUUACCACACUUGGGUGCACAACCCCCUCUGGGUGUCACUGAUCUUUGCGUUGGUGUUGGUGGAAGUGGAGCGAGUGGAACAGGUCAAGCUGGUGAUCGUGGUAGCUGUAGUGCUGAUUCCGGUGUACGAGGCUCAAGUGACAGGGAGAGCGGUGGGGCCACAAGUGUGGGAGGGAAUUUAUCAGACUCCACGACUGACGGGACACCAACAAUUACUGUCGAGGGAAGUGGCCUCGAUAUGGACAGCAUCUCAGUGGUAUCCUCCGUAGCUCCAUCACACAUGUAUCAAUCAGCGACUACACCCAAGGACUGCAGUCCGACGCUCUCACCUUUGAACGCAUUUUCAAGAUCGAUGGAUACGUCAUCGAUGUCGCGCUCAGUGGAGCAACUGUCGAGUCCAAUGGACUCAGAGCCGAGGAGAAAUAAAGCACCACCUGUCCCCGCACCUGUCGCCCAUACCCGGUCUUCGGCGACGAGGGGGGGUCCCUGGGGAUCGAUUUCCAGGGUCUUUGCUCGGUCCCGUCAUCGAAAAGCUCUCAACAGUUCUGUAAGUGGGAGUACAGGAACUGAGGCCUCAGAUGCAUUCGAUCCGUAUCGAUCGUGGUCGCCACUUACUGAAGAGGGUUACGCUGAGAAAUUACGAUUAUUGCGGGAGGCGGUGACGAUACCCAUGGAGAGAUGGCGAGCCCCCACUGUUCUUGCUUGGCUCGAAGUUGCGCUGGGGAUGCCACAGUAUGGACCCAGGUGUGCUGAGAAUAUCAAAUCAGGAAAGGUUCUGUUGGAAUUGAAUGACGCAGAACUUGAAGCAGGUUUGGGGAUAACUCAUCCCCUCCACCGCAAAAAGCUCCGCUUGGCAAUUGAAGAGCAUCGACAUCCGAGCCUGGUGCGUUAUCCCUGUAUCGCUCAACUAGGUCAUACCUGGGUCAGCUCGGAGUGGUUACCUGAUCUCGGCCUCGCCCAAUACUCGGAAAGCUUCGCAACCAAUCUCGUUGACGCCAGAAUGCUUGACCAUAUCGUUAAAAAAGAAUUGGAGAAACUUCUGGGGGUUACGAGAAAGUUUCAUCAAGCUAGUAUUAUGCAUGGGAUUAAUUUAUUGAGGAUGCUCAAGUAUGACAGGCAAGCAUUGGCUGUUAGGCGCCAUCAGAGUGAACAAGUAGAUGAAGAUCCUUUAGUUUGGACGAAUCAUCGUUUUAUUAGAUGGGCCAGGAAUAUUGACCUAGGCGAAUAUGCUGACAAUCUCAAAGAUUCUGGUGUUCACGGUGCCCUAGUUGUCCUAGAACCUUCAUUCACCGGCGAUACUAUGGCAACAGCCUUAGGAAUACCCCCCGCUAAACACAUGAUACGCCGACAUUUAACUGCCGAACUGGAGGCCCUUGUAUUACCAGCCAGAAGCCAGCUGGAAGUCAUCCCGAGAAAUCACAUAGGUGGAAGUAGACCGAUGAGUACAGUGAGCGCCGGUGGGAGCCUGGGAAGAGGCAAUCGUGCUCUGCAUCUCCAGCACCAUCAGAGUUCCCUCUCAGCCCUUCACAUGGCCACCAACAGCUCCAGUACUAUCGACAGACGACGCUCCAGUCUCAGGACCUGCAGUCUUCUUUAUUUGAAAAAGUUGUCCUGGAAAAGCUCUCAGGGCUCAUUGAGUCGAGCGUUGGGUCUUCGUCCUCGCAGCGAAAAAGCUUCGCCCUCAUCAUCAUCAGACACCGGUUCCCUCGCCAGUCAAUGCCAGUACAUGAGCAGCAUUCGCAGUAACUCUCCGCCACCUCCACAAUUGCCACCACGUCCUUCCGCAAAUGGAACAGGAAAGCGUCAUCGUCGUGUUAAAAGCAUUGGUGAUAUCGAGUACAUAACAAAUGCACCAUACGGAUCGUACUCUGGAUACAGCAAUGUACUGUCCUCGGAUUACUAUUAUCAGUCACCAGGGAACAAUUAUUAUCAGUUACAAGGUGGUUAUUAUUCACCACAGAGCUCGGGACCACGAUUUCCCGGGGUGCAGCGAUACGGGAGCUUAGCCGAAGAAUCUUGGACAUCUUCAGCUAAAGAUGAUACAGUUAGCAACUCAUCGAGAACAUAUUUGACUUGAAUUUCGUAUCAUCUAAAUGGAGUCUUCCCAAAUUACCAACAAUCUAAGCAUCUUCGUGGCGUUAACGGAAAUUUCCUAAUUGUCAGAAAUAUGCUCGAAAAUUUUACUUAAGUUACGAAAUUUAAAUUUUAUUAUCGUGAUCAUGAUGUGCAAUCAAAGCAUUCCAUUCUUCUACUGAUGAAUAAUCUUUAAUUGGCCGGUUUCACGAAUUACUGAAAUACAACAAUUGAGAAUGUUAUUGCUGGGAGCUAUUUAGAUUAUAGUUUGCCGAAUUCAAGUGUUGACUUUCACCAAAAAUCGUAGUCCAAAAUCAGAAAAAUUAUUUAAUUUUUUUUAAUCAUGAAAGGACUUUUCAAAAGCGCACUGAGUAUCUCCCUCUGCGCUUCAUUAUCUAUCUACUUUGUUCUGCAUCUAGCAGAAUAAAAAUUCAUUCCAUCAAAUUAAUGGCGGAAAUUAUAAAUUAAAUUGUAAAUUGAAUUUUUUAUAAAGUUCCUCAAUAUUGAAUUUAUGAUUGGAAUACGAUCAUCUGCAUGACAGAAAGACUGUCACUUGGUGACAAUUUUAUCAUAAUUAUCUGAGCACGAUAAUAAUGUUUCGAUAAAUUUGCACGACAUCUUCAAAAUCCUUGGUAAUAAUAAUUUUAUAUAUAAAUUCAAAAUGAUAUUUAAUCUGAUAUUUAUUCUUAGUUUUAUCUAUUGAUACAUAAAUUUGAGAUUCCUGCCGAACUGAUAACACAUUUACCAUAAUAAAAGUUGGUGAUAUAGCCGGAAUGCCAAAUUAUAAAAUGAAAAAAAGUAUUGUCGUCGUUUUUCAAAGUUAAAACGUUGAUUUAAUACAAGAUUAAUUUUCGUCUUAAAUCAUUGAAUUUGAUAAAAUAAUUCAAUCGAACCAAUCUCAUUGGAUUACGGAAUCAGAAAUUAGAAGGGUUGUCUUUGAUUUUAAACAAAAUUAAUAAACAACAAUUGGAAGGCUUGUGCGAUGAAUAUAAACAAGGAUAUCAGCUUUUGGAGCGUCGACCUCUGUUUGCAGUAUAUGUACAACUGAAAAUUAAUCAUAAAUAACAAUAAAAAAGAAACAUUGUAAAUGUACUCAAUGCAGGAUAUAUAUGUAUAUAUUUGUGUGAGCUGUAAUAAUAUUUAAAGAAAAUUUGAGAAUAAAUUAUAAUUGCCUUAAAGUGUU